GUGUAGAUGUGGUCAAACGGGUAUCUAUGCCUCCUUUCUAUCUCUCGAGCGUCAAAGUUGGCCGCGGAGGAAGUGCGUGAGUCACCUUCCGGAACCCACGGGCGCUGCGACCUCGCCCUCUGAUAAAACUAUCUUUGUUGGCUUGACUUGACUUGAGUUGCGAGUACCUCGAGUCUGGAGUCAAGUUUGCUGCUAGUUGUAGUACCUACUCAUCCCAUUGUUCACUCGUUGUCCUUGGGAGCUAAUUUCUACUGGGACAGUGCCUCGAAGCUGCAUUUUGAACGUGACUUGUGGUGACUUACGACUUGGGUUCUUCCCAAGACAAGAUGACCUCAUCAGGUGACGUCAAUGGCCAGACUGCCAUCAAUAUGGGUCAUCUGUACCCUCACUGGCAGAUGAUCUUCAAUAAAUAUGAUGAGGAUGCUGAUGGACGACUGUCAUUGGCGGAAAUGAAACGAGUUGUCAAGAGUGAAUCAUUUGAACAGGACAUUCCAAAUCGAUGUAUUAAACGUAUUGUGGCUCAAGCAGAUGAGAAUAAAGAUGGAUAUAUUGAGUAUGAAGAGUUUCUGAAAAUGAUACAAGAACCAGAAGUACGAACCGUUUUUGGACAAGGCCUUCAAACAUUUGUUCGAAAGACGAUUGUUCCAAGGCGACCUCCACCUUCUGUCCAACGAGCCACAGACACUACUGAUUAUGCUGUGCAGCGUGCCAUGGAUAAUAUUGAUGCUGGUGAAUAUGAAGAUGAAUACACAUGCAAUCCUCCUGCAGUUUGCAUGAUCAUUGUGAGCAUAAUCGAGAUCAUUGCAUUUUUGUAUGAUGUUGUUGAGACUGGCAGAUCUACAGUCAGUGGGCCUGCAGCAAAACUUUUUAUUUAUAAUCCUCGUGAAAGAUCACAAGCUUGGCGUUACUUCACAUACAUGUUUGUACAUGUGGGUGUCUUUCAUUUAGCAGUCAACUUGAUGGUUCAAAUCAUGUUGGGAAUACCACUAGAAAUGGUUCAUCGAUGGUGGCGUGUUCUUCUUAUUUACUUGGCGGGAGUAGUCGCUGGGUCCUUGGGAACAUCAGUCUCUGACCCAAAUGUAUACCUUGCUGGAGCAUCUGGUGGAGUAUAUGCAAUCAUGACUGCACAUAUUGCUACUAUCAUCAUGAAUUUCCAGGAAAUGCAGUUUGCUGUUUACCAGUUGAUUGUCUUUCUUUUGCUAAUAGUGUCAGAUGUCGGAACAGCCAUAUACAACAGAUUGCAUGAGGUCGAUGAUAAGGUUGGAUAUGUUGCCCAUUUGGCUGGUGCUAUUGCUGGACUUCUUGUUGGAAUUCAGGUACUUCGUAACUUGGAAGUGCGAUCAUGGGAACGAGUUAUUUGGUGGGCUUCCAUCAUCUUAUACCUAGGGCUGAUGACUGCUGCCAUUGUAUGGAAUAUUGCAUUCCCUGAUUACUUUCCCGGUCCAUAUGAGUGCUAUGGAGUCGGUUGUUAGUUUUCCAAAUUCAGUAUCCACACAUCAAUUAAAGCACAAUGAAUCAAAGUAUUAUUUUAUGCAGGUAGUUAAGUUUUUAGGAGACAAUGCCAGUACUUUAUAGAAAACGUAAUGUUGCUACUGGUAUUGUUUGCUUUCAAUACCGUCCCCGUACAGAAUUUUUUCUGUUGCCUUGACAUAUUUUAUUAAAGAAGGAAGUAAGUAAGCACAUUAAAUAUUUCUAUACAGUAUUUUUUUUAUCGUAUUUUUGUUAUUAUUUUGAGAAAUAUUGUCAUAUAAUUUUAUUCCAUUGCACAACUAGAAGUUUUGAUAUACAUUUGAUGUUUGUUUUAAAACAUAUUUUGACGAAAAAUGGAGACUUUUACACUUUUGUGACUGACUUUUGUAAUGACUCAAAUCAUAGUGUACUGAUUAAAGUGUUCUUUAAUUUCUUGUUUGGCCUAAAACUCCAAAUUUUAUGAUGUGGUUGCCUAUGCUGUAUUUUUGUCAACCAGAACUGUCCCAAUAUAAAUUUAGAUUUUUGAAUGAAGUGCAUUGUUCCCUCCUCAACCCUCUGUAUCAUUUUGCUCUAGAAGUUCAGAAACUAUGAAUAAAUUUGGUGCCCCAUUGGGACAAUUUCUGUAUUCUUGGUACAAAUAUGUGAUAGUAGUUGAUGGUUUUGUAUCUAAUUUACGUUAUUCGGUCAUUGUUUCCCUAUAUUGAUAUGAGAUGCCUUACAUCUAGUCACAAAAAUAACUAACAUUGUAAAUAGACCAAAAAAAUCUGCUUACUGCACAAUAUUUGACUGUUCAAAAUGGAACAAUUACAGCCGUUGUUAUUCUCUGACUAACGAAUUCAUUACUCAGCCUAGGAUCAUGGAGCAAUUUGUUGUCCUGCAUAUUAUGGGCAUAGCAUACAUGCUCCAAGAAGUGUAAUAUAUACGGAUAUUCCUGCUCAUCACAUAUGUUAUUACUUUUGUACUCAUGACUAAUAGAAAAGUUGAUCUCCAA